GACGGACACCGAGAAGGUGUAGUGAUAUGCGAAACCCUGCGACGCGCUGCCCUCCUGAGAAAUAAUUGCGAUGAGGGAAGAAAUGGCCUAGUUCAAACCUCAUCGACACACCGACAGAGGAGAGACGAGAAGAAUCGCGUUCAGAUGGACGGGCCAUCAUCAUCGUCAUCAUCAUAAUUCCGGUGCUGGCAUCGAGUCUUUUAGGUGUGACCGGCUCGCUGACUGCAGCUCUCGACCCAUCAGGAGUUCUGAAGAGGAAGACGGAUGAGACAGCAGAGUCUACCUGAGAAUGCUGCCUGACCCUCCGCCUCACCAUGUCACCCUAGGAAAGCUGUUAACCUGUCCCUCUCCACACACCCUCUUUUUGCCUUUGUUAUCGCCCAUAACCCACUGAGUUUGAGAUCCUGUCCUCACCCAGCUGAAGUCUGACUGAUAUGACUAAAAGAGCCUUUAUUUUGGACAUGUUGUUUUUUCCUUUCAAUGUUGCCAGCCACCAAGGCUUUGGUGGGAAGCAUCAUUAUACUUCUCAGCAGGUUGCUAAUCACUGUCUGGUGUGGCUCUUGGGACUAGUGCUACACCUGACCCUCUCCUCAUGUCAACGGGUUGACCUGAAACACCCCAUAGUGUCCACGGGCUAUGGAAAGGUCCGUGGUAUCAGGAAGGAGCUCAACAACGAGAUCUUGGGCCCAGUGGAACAGUACCUAGGUGUGCCGUACGCCACCGCGCCCAUCGGCGAGCGUCGCUUCCAGCCUCCUGAAGCUCCAGGCUCCUGGCAAGAGAUCCGCAACGCCACCCAUUUUGCGCCCGUGUGUCCCCAGAAUGUGCACGGGGUUUUACCUGAGAUCAUGCUGCCGGUGUGGUUCACAGACAACCUGGACGCCGCGGCGACCUACGUUCAGAACCAGAGCGAGGACUGCCUUUACCUCAACAUUUACGUACCCACUGAAGACGGUCCGCUCACAAAAAAACAUGAUGAGUCUACAAUGAACAGACCAAGGGAUGAAGAUAUUCGGGAUCGCCGUAAGAAGCCGGUCAUGCUGUUCAUCCACGGAGGCUCCUACAUGGAGGGCUCAGGGAACAUGUUUGACGGCAGCGUCCUUGCUGCGUAUGGAAAUGUCAUCGUCGUCACCAUGAACUAUCGGCUCGGUGUGCUCGGGUUUCUGAGCACAGGGGACCAGUCUGCUAAAGGGAACUAUGGCUUGUUGGACCAGAUCCAAGCCCUGCGCUGGCUCAAUGAAAACAUUGGCCACUUUGGAGGAGACCCAGAGAGAAUCACCAUCUUUGGCUCCGGAGCCGGUGCCGCCUGUGUGAACCUUCUCAUCCUCUCCCACCACUCUGAGGGCCUGUUCCAGAGGGCCAUCGCUCAGAGUGGCUCAGCCAUCUCCAGCUGGUCGGUCAACUACCGACCGCUCAUGUACACCAAGAUCCUGGCGCGGAAGGUCGGUUGCACUCUGGGGGACAUGGCUGAGUUGGUGGACUGCCUGCGGAGAAAGAGUUUCCGGGAGCUGGUGGACCAAGACAUCCAGCCUGCGCGCUAUCACAUCGCCUUCGGACCGGUGGUGGACGGGGACGUGGUGCCGGACGACCCUGAGAUCCUCAUGCAGCAGGGCGAGUUCCUCAACUACGACAUACUGCUGGGGGUCAACCAGGGAGAGGGCCUGAAGUUUGUGGAUGACAGUGAAGGAGAAGAUGGAAUAUCAGCAGCUUCGUUUGACUACACCAUCUCCAACUUUGUGGACAAUCUGUAUGGAUACCCUGAUGGUAAAGACAUCCUGAGGGAAACCAUAAAGUUCAUGUACACAGACUGGGCUGACAGGGACAACAGUGACAUGCGUAGGAAGACCCUCCUGGCUCUGUUUACGGACCACCAGUGGGUGGCCCCGGCCGUCGCCACUGCCAAGCUGCACGCCGAGUUCCAGUCGCCUGUCUACUUCUACACCUUCCACCACCACUGUCAGACCGAGGCCAGGCCAGACUGGGCAGACGCAGCACACGGAGAUGAGAUACCCUAUGUGUUUGGGAUUCCCAUGGUGGGAGCCACCGACCUGUUCCCAUGUAACUUCUCCAAGAACGACGUGAUGCUCAGCGCUGUAGUCAUGACCUACUGGACCAACUUCGCCAAGACUGGGGAUCCGAACCUACCAGUUCCUCAGGACACCACCUUCAUCCACACCAAGCCCAACCGCUUUGAGGAGGUGAUCUGGACCAAGUUCAGCUCCAAAGACAAGCAGUACCUGCACAUCGGCCUGAAGCCUCGAGUCAGAGACAACUACCGGGCCAACAAGGUGGCCUUCUGGCUGGAGCUGGUGCCACACCUCCACAGCCUCCACGAGGAAAUCAUUAGCUCCUUCACAACUCGACUGCCGCCCGGAGGACCCAACCGCUGGAAGGGCCCCCACAACCCCGGUACCCGCUCCACACGACACCCUGUAAUCUCCACCUAUCCUCCUGAUCCUGAGCCUGACGGUUCAGAGAGACCCCGCUACUCUCCCUUCCCCAGUGAGACGCGGGACUACUCCACCGAGCUGAGUGUGACGGUAGCCGUGGGCGCCUCGCUUCUCUUCCUGAAUGUGCUGGCCUUUGCUGCGCUUUACUAUAAACGGGAUAAGCGCCACGAACUCAUGCAGAGACGCCACCGCCGACUCUCCCCGCAACGAGGCACGACGAUGGGCAUGGGUGUAGGCAUGGGAGUCGUAGGGGCCCCGCCGCACAAUGACCUGGCGCUGAGCCAGGAGGAGGAGCUAAUGUCACUGCAGAUGAAGCAGCAAAGAGUGGAGCUGGAGCACGGCACACCCCUCCCGUCCCGCGGCGUCCAUGGCGACCUGGAGCCUCUGCGGCCUCCCGUGUGCCCGCCUGACUACACAUUGGCCCUGCGGCGAGCACCGGAGGACGUGCCACUGAUGACAGCCAAUACCAUCACCAUGAUCCCCAGCACCAUCAGCAGCAUGCAGCCCCUCCACCCCUUCAACACUUAUCCCCCCGUCCCGGCCCCCUCCACUACACCUGUCCCCAGCCACAGCAACAAUGCCCUGCCACACCAACACUCCACCACCCGUGUAUAGGACCAGGCACAACCUCUGCUACCCCACUCUGGGCUCACAGAGACACACCACACAAACUGCUCCAUACAACCUUCACUCUCACCGCCCUCUAUUCUUCUUUACUAUAUCUGUCUUUUCUCAUUAAAGCCCUCAAAUAAAGCUGCAGUUUGUAAGAUUUUAAGCAGUGAAAUACCUCUAAAACGUAAUCAUAAAUCAAGGAGUUGAUUAAAGAAGCUCCUUUGCCAAAAGCCUGUCAUCGUGGCUUCAUACUCUUCUGCCCCGUUAAAGCUCUCUCGAUAUCUGGUGCUUAGGUGAGCCGCCAAAAAAUGCAGCUGUAAGCUUGUAGCUCUCUCUCACAGAGGUAUCGAGCUAAUCACAAUCAGUCAGGCAUCUUAUGUGUAGCUUGGUUGUUUUGCGCAUGUGUUGUGUCAGUGUAAAACUAAGUUUAACAUAGAAUACAAAUAUCCAUUUUCGUUCAUUUAGUGAAAAGAUAUUACAGUAGCGAGCAGCUUUGUGUGAGGCGACAUAUGCUCCAACAAGCUGUCUGUCAUAAAGCGGUGAUUUCUUGAAACUUACAAAUUGCAGCUUUAAAGGCCCAAUCUGGAAGUGACGUUUGGCACACUGUGUUGAACACUAUGUCCCAACAGCUGUCUCCGCGUUCUGAUUUUGGAGAAUUUUGUUUAGAGUGAAAUGUAUUGACAGGGCCGGGAGAACAAGGAUGAACACUAUUUGACAGCUGAGCAUGAGUUUUUCAUUUAUUUCAAAACCUAAUUUCUUCUAUUUACAAAUGUAUGUACCUGUUUUCAGUUAUGAUGCGGCCUAGACGCCAUCAAAAGUUCUGCUUUUUAAAAAUCUGUAUACUCAGAACUGAUGCUUUUGAAAGAAUUUCCAGAUUGGGGCUUCAACUGAUGGGCGGUACAGGAAAUAACUGAAUCAUACUCAGUCUGUGGGACGCAACCUGGAAUCCAGGCUGCCCAUUAGAACUCGCUGCAUCUCCACCACACAGGCUCUAAUCAUGUCCAUUACUUUAUUUGUUUCUCACUCAUUAUCUCUCUGUCUGUAUCCCCAUCUCAGCUCAUUUAACUGCUUCUCUCUUUUCGCUGCCUCACCCUCCCUCUCUCCCUCUCUCCCUCUCUCUCUCUGCAUCCUCCCUUGUAGCUGUUUUUAUUAAACCAUUGACAUAAUCCAUUUCCAUCUCCACUUCUUUCCUCUUUCUCACAAUCACUUCUAGACUCUUUUUUCCUUUUGGAGUCUUUUAUACAAAAACACAAAU